GCGGGCCCAGCCCGACUCUCCGCCUUCAGAUCUCUGGGCCCGGCAACCUUCCUCCCUCCUUUCCUCCCCCCCUUCUUUAUUUUCCCCUUUGCUCCGUUGUGGCCUGGAGCUGGCGCCGAGAUGGCUCCGGCCGUUGAUCGGGAGGGUUACUGGGGCCCUCCGACCUCCACCUUGGACUGGUGCGAGGAGAACUACGCCGUCUCCUACUACAUCGCCGAGUUCUGGAACACAGUGAGUAACCUGAUUUUCAUUCUACCUCCAAUCUAUGGUGCGAUUCGGACCUAUAAAGAUGGCCUUGAAAAGCGGUAUUUAGCUGCAUAUUUAUGUCUUACAGCUGUGGGAUUGGGAUCUUGGUGCUUCCACAUGACCCUGAAGUAUGAAAUGCAACUGUUGGAUGAACUGCCAAUGAUAUACAGUUGUUGUGUGUUUGUCUACUGCCUGUACGAAUGUUUCAAGUACAAGAACACAGUCAAUUAUCCAAUGCUUUUCAUUUUAAUAACAUACAGCUUCAUAGUCAGCAUAGUUUACUUAAAAUUGAAACAGCCUGUAUUCCAUCAGAUCAUGUAUGGAACACUAGUUUCUGUGAUAGUUCUACGAUCUGUUUAUAUAGUAUUAUGGGUAUACCCAUGGCUUAGAGGUCUAGGCUAUACAUCUUUAACUGUAUUUCUAAUGGGAUUUUUCCUCUGGAAUGUGGACAACAUUUUCUGUGAGAAAUUGAGAGCACUACGAGAGAAGAUGCCUCCUGUUUUGGGCGCUGUGACACAGUUUCACGCGUGGUGGCACAUUCUCACAGGCCUGGGCUCUUAUCUUCAUAUCCUGCUCAGUUUAUACACAAGGACACUUUUCCUGAAACACAGGCCAAAGGUGAAGUUUCUUCUUGGAAUAUGGCCUGUUCUUCUUGUGGAGCCACCCAAGAAGCUUUGACUGAGACCUAAGCUGUCACAUGCGUCCACUUAGCCUGGCUGAAUAAAGUGAUUCAACACUUACUAUGGCUGGAUUGUCAAAAUCGUGGAUCAAUUCAAGUCCCAUUGCUACAAAAGGACUUCUCUGUGUUACUAGGCCUGCCCGCCAGAACAGAGCGAAGAGUUGGCACACUAGGAGAAUAAUGCUUAGUACAGCUUUAUUCUAAGUUGUUAAAACAAAGAUUAAGACACAAUAUUUUUAUGUAUAUGUUGUAUAGCUGAUGAUACUGAGCUAAUAUUUCGUGCUGGUCACAGAAAACUAACCAUUUUUGAAGUGGGUUGCUUACGUUUUUCAUUCAGUUGUUGUUUUUUUCUGUGGUGUAAACUAAUAUUAGUAACUGAAUGAUAAAAACAGGUCACUGAUGGUCAAGCUGAGCAUCUUUGUGGACUAUAGUGAACUGAAUGCUUAACCUGAACUACUUUAAUCUUGCACUUUCAUACAAUUAAUGAAGUAUGUAUGAUUGAUUUAGGGCUUUAUUCUGUCCUUGCUUUUCCACAGUCUCCUUUGUAACUGAUGUUUUAAGCAAAAAGGUUGGGAUACGUGUGCCACUUAGUUAAUUUCGUAUCAAUUUUGUGUUAGCCCAGCUGAGGUACAUCAUGGAAGAUGUUCCAGGGUGUGAAUGAGAGAAGACAUUUGUGAUAUAUAGGAGUUAUUUGUUUGAUUAGUGAUCCAUCAGGUGACUGUAUAACCACAAGAAACACUUCUAAAAUCUUUUUAUUUACAUGCCUUCUUUUUCUCUCCAUACUUUCCAGUUCCCAUUAUUCCAGUCUUAGUGCAGAUCGACAAACACUGUGGAUGUGUGCUUGUUCAGUUUUGAAAUCAUGCCUUUCUACUAUUUUAUAAGUCUUAAGUACUGCUGUGACUUUCAGAAGCAUCUUUUUAUUCAGAAAUAUUGAAGAAAGACUAAAGAACAAGAUUUAUGCUGAGGAUAACCCCAAAACAUGCAGCAUUUUGAUUGCUUGCUCUUAAUGUUUCCAUCACAUGGUUUCCUCUGUGGAAAGCUGAAUACCUUUUUAACACCAACCUUUGGCUCUUAAAUGGGGACAAACCCUCUGAUUUAUGCAGGUUUUUUUUCUACCCAGCUGAUCAAAGUUAGUAAGUAAGCAUAAAUAAUAAUAAUAAAUAAAUAAUUAAGAACGAAAAGAAAUUGAACUAACAGUUUUUCAAAAUAUACCUCAUAUUGGAGGCUCUCAUUUUGUCUGUCCAGAGCUUGGGGUGGCUAAAUGUAGUUUGUCUCUGGACCUUCAAGCUGUUGUGCUAUGCAAUUGAUGAUGCUUUGAGGGAUUUAUCCUUCUUGCAACAAGGGAAAAAGGGAAGUGCUCAGACUGAUUACAAGUCCUGCUCUGUAUUGAUUUUAAAACAGGUCCACAGCUGUGAGGCACAGUAGAGUAACUAUAAAGCUGUCUCCCUGGUUGAAGAAGUCAGCCUUAUGUAUAUCCUCUCUGUCACCCCUACUGAUGCAAAUCUCCAAACAAAAUCAUGGCUUUUGGUUAUGGUGACUAAGUCUGGACCCUUGGGAUCCAAACUCAGGACUAGAAAACAAUGCUUAAUCUUUAAUGACUUCAGCAAGGUUUAAGCACGUGCUAAGAGUAGUGCGUUUUGACCUGUAAUCAGUUAACAAGGCUUCUGAACAACAUUUUUUAGACAUAUAUGUUGUCGGUAGCCUCUAGUUCUAUAUAGAUGAGGUUGACAUCUGUUCUGGGAAAUGUGAGGGGUCCUGAAACUGAAAGAGAUUGGAACCACUAGCACAGAGGGAGGAAAGUGCUGGUUUGGACCAGAUGUCUGUGAUUACCCAAGUCAUAUUUUCUUCUAGUGAGAUUUGAGAACUGUUUGAAAAGUGUAGCUUGAACAUAAGUGCCUGCCUGUUCCCCUCCUGGCUCUCUCAAGCAUGCUUCUGCACACUGUAUCUUACUUUCUUACUGAGUACAUUUGCAGCUUCCAUAAGAUUGGGAAAAGAGUCCUGUAAUGGGAGCAGUGCAGUGGCUAUACAUAUCAGCAGUCCAUAGUGAUGUUUGCUAGGUAGGAUAUUAUUUUUAAGAGGAAGAACAAAACCUUUAUUUUAGUGACCUUAUUUUUGUUUCUGUCGGAUGUACGGGCUCUGCUUUUCUUUCCUGUAAUUACAGGAACCACAGUAUACUAAAAAACUAUUGAUAAAGCAUCUCUAGAAUGGUGUAUUUUAAAGGAAUUUGUACAUUCUCCCACACACUUGCAGCAAACUUCCAUUCAGGUCCUGUUGAAUUUGUCAAGACUAAAAAAUAAUAAUCGGAAAAGCUCUUACAAUUAAUUUUAAGCUGCUGUUAGCUUUUUCAUUCAUAUCAUUUACCAACAGUGCUUUUUAUCUUUAAAAACUUGGGCAGAUUGUGUUCUUUCUUCAUUCCAAAUAACCAUGAUCCACCCUUCCGUUGGCCUUUUGAGUUGUGCUAGACCCUGAAGAAUGUAAUUUAUGUGUAUAUCCUUCUAAGCAUAAGUAAUCUAACAUGAUGGGUGCUUUGGGUUGACUGCCUUACUGAUCCUGUAAGCGAUAAUGAAAAUGGGAAGCCAGUCUUAAAUUGUAAUGUUUUCUAGUGCCUGGAAAGAGAUACAUCUUUACUUCUGUAAUUAGAGAGAUGUCUGCUAAAACUGUUUUCUAUUCAUAUUGCUUGUAUGAUGUGCUUUUUUCUUUCUGCAGUCCCUAGAGCAGCAUAUCCCAAACUUUUGGUGCAGUACAUCUUGCAAGGUUGGUCAUCUUUGAUCCUGUUUUUCAAGUAAGGUUCAGACAGCAGCUACUUCAAAGGGAAUUACAGAAAUAGCAGGUGUCCUUUAAUAUGAAUCCUGUAGUACGUGUUAGAUAGAUUUAAAAAUAACGAGGAACCCUUUUAUUCUUGAACAUCUAUAAAGAACCAAGAAUUCUGUCACCUUGAGCCCAUCAGCUUGGCACAGAUCAGCAGCGAGUAGUUCUGCAGACUGUGAGAUGAAGAAUUCUUCUUUGGGAAGCAGUAGAGAAAUGUCAGAAUGACUCUGUCAGUAUAGAACACCACGGCAGGAAUCAAGACUUUCUGAAUUAAGACAUGCAUUGCCAUUUGAAGAUGAGACACAAUAAACAGAAACGCACCACUGAGAGGGAUCUUGUCUGUGUUUUGAAGGCAGUGUUUGAAGCCAGCUUGCAGUAUUAGUCAUCUCCAGACCUCAUUCUAAUGCUUUUCCUUUCAGCACAAAGAUGAUGUGCUACCAGCGAGUGUUUAGAAGACUACCCCAGUGUCAAGAUGGGGAUAUGCAGCCUAUCACUUGCCGAUCUACCUCUGUCGUGUAUUACACAGUGCCUGUGCCCUUCAUUCUGUCUGCCUGAAAAUGCAGGUGUCAGAGCAGUCUGCAGCCCCUGAGGUUUGCAACAGCAUCAUCGUAUGUGUCUGUGUCUGACUGAUCACUCUACAUAAACGUCCACAUUCAUUUGGUGUCUGUCAGACUUUCUGCCAAUGCUCAGUCUGCUGAUCCUCUGAACGCAGAAGUUGGAUGUAGAUAGAGAUGUGAGGAGGAGGACUUUAAUUGAGACAGAUGAAGUGAAACCUUUUUUGGCAGUGUAUUAAGAGACAUUUAACGCUAAGAUACGGCAUACAAUUAAUUUGACGUGACCUUAGGAGAGAUGUAGUAGGAAAGAUUGUCCUGUAAUUAGUUUUAAUUCUCUUCUAAUCUAAUAUUGCCGUUGUGUUCAUCCUUGGCCCUGCUUUGUUUGCUUGAAGGGAGCUGUAUGAUUUGAAGUGCAGUUGAUUCUUUUGGCCACGUACAUUUGCUUCCAGCACUUGAUUUCUAAUGACGGAAUGAGUUUUUCUACUAGCUCAUCCACCUGAAACUCAUAAGAACAUAAAAUCCUCCCAGUACCGCUCGUGUUUCUCACAGUGACCACCACAUUGUUUAGUAUUUGAGUCCAAGAAUUUCAGUCAUUCCACUUUUGAAACCAGUUUCUCCCUGUGGAUAUUUAUUUUAUGGCAUUUGGUAGCAGGUGGUGAAAUAAAUCACUGUAAUGCUUGGUAGUGGAAGAGGAGCUGUAAUGAACCAGCACUGCUGUUUUCUUCAGUAGACCUGAAGAUCCAGGAAUGCAUUUGUUCUGGUGGGCCAUGUGGUUGUAAUGGACAUUGCUUUGCUUUACAGAUCUCCCCAUCUGCGCUUUAUAAGUAGGCAGUGAGAGGCUUAAAAUGCAAACUACUGAUUGACUGUGAGACUUUGUUAUGAAAAGAGAUAAACAAAGGAGUCUUUAUUACCCAUGAGAAGCGAAAGGCAGAAGGAGAUUAAGAAAUCUGACAUGGAAAGAGAAUAACAAAAGAUUAAGCACAGAAUCCCACAGUAUUACAUCCACCGCCUUCUUUAUAACAGCACUUUAGAUCAUUGUGUAGCAAGCUUGAGGGUUUUGAUGUUUAUAUAUUUAACCUUUCGUGCUGACUCUGCACUCUGCCAUAGAGGUGAUGUAAACAACAUGUUACAUUCAGUUCAUUAUGAAUUAUCCAGCUGUUGCUCUCUGAGGACGGAAGGUGACGUACAUUUCAUACACAAGUGAAAAUGCUUUCCGUGCAUCUGGAACAUCCUCUGCCAGCUUUCCUUGAGAGUCCAUGAUAAAACUACAGAGAAUUUACUGUACAUCUGUUCAGAUUGGUUGGAGGUUGGUCUUUCCCAUGUCUCACCCACAACUGCCUACUGCAGCCAAGUGCCUGACCUGCUGCAAGUCUUUUCUGAGAGCUGAAGAUGUCUUUUUUCCCUGAGGUCCACAGAAGGUCCUUGGUAGGUGGAGACAGGCUUUGGUUUAUGUUAAAAAUCAUUCUGAUGCAUAAGUCAGGGCACUUCUUAUGGCUGCUUUGCAGAAAUGGAGUUACCCAGUACACAGCUGAAAUGUGCCUGGCUACCCCACAUCCCUGAUGCUGUUGGAUCUUCUCCCAUUUAUAAAGAUGGAUGAGGGAUUGAGCCCCAUAACUACUGUUUAUUGAAGCAUGCGUAGUUCAGUGAUGGGCAGUGAGAAGGCACUUUAUGCAGAGCCCCAUUUCAUUUUUGGAGCUCACCAGUCCACUGAUACAUACGAUUUUGGAAGCAGGAUUAAUGCCUGAGUCUCUCACUUGGGAUCUCCAUUUGUACUUGUUGUGAAGGUAUCCAGUCUCAACAAGAUGAGAAUCCACCUAUUGCAAGACUCUGAACCAGUGCCUGUAAAACGUUUUGCACAAGUGGAGUGCACACAUCUGCCUGAUGCUGAGGGCAGGCUACUGAGAUUAUACAAAUAGCUUCAAGGAUAACCUCAGCUUCAUUCUUCUUCCCCUGGAACAACGUAUGCCUUGUUCUUCAAAUGCCAGUAUUGAACAAAAAAGCUGGGUUUUCCCACAUGCCCCAUAGCAACCCAUAUACCAAAACGCUUCCUAAAUUAAAUUGGUGACUCCUUAGACAGAAGAGGGGUGGAUUUUCUGUUAAUCUCCCAAACUGAUGUCUACUGUGUGAUGUUGACGAUUAAACUGAGCUGAAUGCACUGAUGAUGCCUUGUUUACUGUCUUAGCAGAUAACAUCUGUAUCGGGCGUGAAAAAGACCACGUGUUAACGUGACCAAACUUUUUAACAUUGACACUAUUGGUUCUAACGUAAUAUUUUUUUAGGUUUGUUUUUUUGUUUUAUUUUUCCUGAAAUUCAGCAUAUUGUUGCAGACAUAUAAAUACACUGUGACAGACGAACGGCAGUAAAAACUUGUAAAACAGCUGCACCGAGCAGCUUUUAUUGACAAUUUUCAUAGUACUGAACUGAUUAUUUGUACCAGGCUUGCUGGUAACUAACAUUAGGCUUCUGUGUAUCAGCCUAUCUUGUUUUGCGAGCACCGUAGCUUUGAGAUAUUUAAUGUAUUUUGUUUGUUAUUCAUGUUGUGGUCAGGCACUAAUUUGUGUCUUUAUAGUUCAAAUUAUUAAAGAACUUUGUUUUAAGUA